CUUGUGGACCCAGUGCAGGCACGCUGUCGCACGUCCAAGAAUGAGUUUGUGCCCGAUGUCACCUCUCUGUUCCGCCAACAGCUGAAGAUGGACCUAUCGAUCGAUGAUUGUGACGCUAAGAUCUUCCGCUACUAUGAGGACUUCAAUGGCAUCGUGGAGGACAAUGGACCCCAAGGGCUGACCGGGGCAGGUGAGCCGGAUGAA